UGUAACUACAAAAAAUGACAUUUCCAUCACAACUAGCCAAAUCAGCGCAAUGACACACAACACAACCACAUUUAUCAGCAACUACACAACACCUGAAAAAGGCGACAAUCUUACCACUGGCAGCAAUACGACUACAGUAAGAAACAUUUACACAACAGGGUACAACACAACAACAAAUAACAGUGACACAACACAAAAUGACACAACAACACCCAGUAACAAUUUUACAACAAAUAUAACAAUGCUCAGUAGCAGUUACACAACAAUGCACAGCACAACACCCAGCAGUGAUAACACAACUUCUGACAGUGAAACAAUAAUGCAGAAUUACACAACACCUCACAAUUUCACCAAUGUUAGUAACAAAAGUGUACAGUACAACACUUCAGAAACAACUGAAACAAGUACAACACUUACACCAACAACCAGUCACACAGACUCACAACACACUACUUUAGUGAGUACUGAUUACACACAAGACUAUAAUCAAAGUAGAGAAACUAGCAACUACACAACGGUACUCAGCACAACACCCAGCAGUGAUAACACAACUUCU